UUCAAUUUCACCAAACCCAACACAAACACAAACUAAAGCCAACUCGUUUCAUGUCCUCCCUAAGGUCCAAAUUCAUAAUAAAAAAUUGAUAGCAGUAGCAGUUUUCUUGUCGUCUGAUUCUGAUUCUUGUGCUAUUUAUUUAUCAGAUUACAAGAAAUAUAAUGUUCAAGUUUCGUGUGUGAAGAAAAGAGAAGACCAAUCUUGAAUUUUUUUUUUCCUUUUUGUAAGCUUUCAUCUUUACAAUAGUGAAAAAGAGAAGAAAGUUUUCCAUAAAGAUCGGUCUUUGUUUAUUGUUUUGUGCCUAACGUGGACCUUUAUAAUAGCACAGGACGAGGAGGAGGAGAUAAAUACGAAGUAAAAUCCAAAUCUUUCACUAUUUUCUCUGUUCAAGUCCCUUUUCUCAGAAAAAGAGAAGGUCCAGAGCUGAAAAUAUUACGAAAAAAAGCUGAACAGAAACAAACCCAUCUCUCUUUCUAAAUCACUGCCCGUUGUAAAUGGCUGUUUAUAGUCUGAUACUCUUGAGCCUACUAACUUGUGCCGCCGUUCUCCCUCUUGCCUCAUCAGAUCCAAGCGACGAGGCCUGUCUAACCCAUCUAAGCCAGUCCUUAAAAGACCCAUAUAAGAACCUUCAGAACUGGACCAAAUCAACCUUCUCAAAUCCUUGCAACGGCUUCAAUUCUUAUCUCCCAGGUGCCACGUGCAACAAUGGCCGCAUCUAUAAACUCUCUUUCUCCAACCUCUCUCUUCAAGGCUCAAUCUCUCCUUAUCUCUCCAAUUGCACGAACCUUCAAUCUCUUGACCUCUCUUCUAAUGCUCUCACGGGUUCCAUCCCUGCAGAUUUACAGGCCUUGGUCAAUCUUGCUGUACUUAAUCUUUCAGCCAAUCGUUUAGAAGGAGAGAUCCCUCCCCAGCUCACAUCAUGUGCGUACUUGAACGUUAUUGAUCUUCAUGACAACUUGCUUACGGGUCAAAUUCCUCAGGAGCUUGGAAAUCUUCUUCGUUUGUCAUCUUUCGACGUGUCCAACAAUAGAUUAUCUGGGCCAAUACCGCCUACGUUAGGGAACAGAAGUGGGAACUCUCCUAGGUUUAAUGCCAGUUCGUUUGAAGGAAAUAAGGAUCUUUAUGGAUACCCUUUACCUCCAUUAAAAAGUAAAGGCUUGUCGAUUUUGGCCAUCGUUGGGAUCGGUUUAGGAAGUGGAUUUGCAAGUUUGGUGCUCAGUUUCACAGGAGUCUGCAUUUGGUUGAAGAUUACUGAACAAAAGAUGGCUCAUGAAGAAGGCAAGAUUAGUCAGCUUAUGCCUGAUUAUUAAAAGCUUUCUUAUAUCUUGAUAAUUUAUUUCAAGUAUGUCAGGAAUCUCAAUGUGACUCAAGAUUAUUGAGCUCAAAGCUACAAAAUUUGAGUUUCUCUAAAUACUGGUGGGGACUUUGAUAUCAUGGAUACUGCUGCAUUAAUUAAAAAAGAUGCGCUUUUACCUACUUGGGGUUCUGGUGCUCUGUUAAUGUGAGCUGGUGGGAGACCAACACCACCACAUACUUUUGCUAAUUGUCCAUUUCUAAUAAAUCUUUUUUUAAGUUUAUAGUUCCCACUGGCUCUGCUCAAGCCAACAUUCUGGUCAGUCUUUGCCGCUCAUCUAUUCCUCUGGGGUUUGGCUUUAUAAGUUUCCGCAACAUAAGUUCAUAACUCUUUACCAUUCAACUUACAGUAUCAUCUCAUGCAUCUGAAAGAUCAAAAUAGGAAGAAAAAAAAAUUAUAUGGGUUGAAUAAAGAGAGAGAAGGAGUUAUUAUGUAAACAAUACAUUGAUGAAGAAGUGAUAUGCAUUAUUGAGUUCUGUGGGUUCGUUAGUGUGUUGGGUUAUAUGUUCUAGGCAAUAGGCUUUUUUCUUUACUUGUUUUUUUCACCCUAAUUGAACAGUCUAGGUUUCUAUCCAGAGGUUCUAGGCUUCUUUGUUUGUUUCUGCAAUAACUUAAUUGAAGUUGGUGAUAUUUAAGAUUUAUUACUGGCCUCGUCUGCAAUGCAUGUGUUGGUGUGCCCACCCCCACCCCUAGCCUCUCCCUAGUCCCCUAUUAUUUGACCUCUUCUUCAUUUCGGAAUUCAUUCUCAAUAACUCAACUGUUUGCCAAUUUCAUGAAAUGCAACAGCGAGAUAAUUGUUUUGUACAAGUCAUCUACCAAUCUCUAAAAUUGGUAGUUGGGUUUUCCAUCAAUAAAAAAAUAAUUCUAAUUAAUUAAUAAGCAUAAUUCAAGGGAUCAACUCCAUUGUACUUAUUAAAAGAUUUAGAAAGAAAAUUUGGUGGGUCAAAUAAAUAUAUAAGGUAAUAUAUAUUGAGGUUGACAUGAAAAAACAAAAACCCUAUUGUAGAAAUUUAGAAAUGUAAAGUGUAAAAGAUGAUGGUGAACUAAAAUUAGACAAAGAUACUGGAAUAGGCAGUUGCCACUUAGGUUGGAUACAAGUGAAAAAGAAUUUGUCCUAAAGGUGAAGUCUAAAGGGAAGCCAAAAUCAACCAUGAAAGGCCCACCAUUCAUUUGAUCUUGAGUUGAAAAGGAUCAAAUGGUUGGCAUUGAUUGCAAAAUUUUCAACUCACACCGAAAGCGUAGAUGGGGGAAUGAGAAAGUCAAAUGUGCUUUCAUUCCUCUCAAUAAUGAUUCCUCCAAGAAUGGCAUGCAUGUCAUCAUGGGCUGGACCCCCAUAUGUCCCCCCUCCCCCCGGUCCAUCUUCUUAAUGGUUAUUAUGUAAAUGUUGUUGCCUCGGCUCAG